AAUAUUAGAGCCAAUCUUAAAAAUUUCUUAACUUCUCCCUUAAAAAAAAGAAACUCGAGGACAGACAACCCCACAUCAAUCCAAGUCUUUUGCUGGUCAACAUUGCUAUCUAUGGCCAUCUCCGCCUGAAAGUUCCCUGCAAAGUUUUUCUUUUUUAUUAUUAUUAUCAAAUGGAAGACAAGGAAGAGUUUCUCAAGGAAUUCGGUGACUAUUACGGUUAUCCCAACGGCCCAAAAACCAUCAACGAAAUUCGGGCCACCGAGUUCAAGCGAUUAAAAGAUACUGUGUAUUUGGACCAUGCCGGAGCAACCCUUUACUCCGAGUUGCAGAUGGAAGCUAUCUUCAAAGAUCUUACUACUAGUGUUUAUGGAAAUCCCCAUAGCCAAAGUGAUUCUAGUUCAACCACUAGUGACAUUGUAAGGGAAGCACGCCAACAGGUCCUUGAUUACUGCAAUGCUUCUCCAAAGGAUUAUAAAUGCAUAUUCACUUCUGGGGCAACAGCUGCAUUGAAACUUGUAGGGGAGAACUUUCCAUGGAGCUGUAAGAGCACCUUUAUGUACACAAUGGAAAAUCAUAAUAGUGUACUUGGUAUUAGAGAAUAUGCUCUCAAUCAAGGAGCUGCAGCCUUUGCAGUAGAUAUAAAAGAGGCUGUGGAUCAGGAUGGAGCAUCUAGAAGCUCUGUGAAUUCAGUUAAGGUAUCACAGCAUCCAGUACAGAGAAGAAAUGAAGCUGAAGUUUUGGAAGGGGAGCUUACAGGUGAUGCUUAUAAUUUAUUUGCCUACCCCUCAGAGUGCAAUUUCUCUGGAGUGAGAUUUAGUCUUGAUUUGGUGAAUAUUGUUAAGCAAAACGCUGAAAAAAUUUUGAAAGGCUCUCCAUAUUCAAAGGGACGUUGGAUGGUCUUAAUUGAUGCUGCAAAGGGCUGUGCAACACAACCUCCAGAUUUGUCAAUUUAUCCUGUGGAUUUUGUUGCAAUCUCAUUUUAUAAGUUGUUUGGCUAUCCAACUGGACUUGGUGCUCUAAUAAUUCGGAAUGAUGCUGCUAAGUUAUUGAAGAAGACCUAUUUUAGUGGAGGUACCGUUGCUGCUUCAAUUGCUGAUAUUGACUUUGUCAGAAGACGAGACGGUGUUGAGGAGCAUUUUGAGGAUGGCACCAUUUCAUUCCUUAGCAUAGCAUCUAUCCGUCAUGGAUUUAAAAUAUUUAAUACCCUCACUACCUCUGCAAUGUGCCGGCAUAUCAUGUCACUUGCCAUGUUUUUGAAGAAGAAGCUCUUAGCUUUCCGACAUGAAAAUGGAGAAAGUGUCUGCACACUUUAUGACAAUACUAGUUUGAAGGUUUCUAGUCAUGACUCUGGCUCAAUUGUCUCAUUGAACCUGAAAAGACCUGAUGGUUCUUGGUUUGGAUAUCGGGAGGUGGAAAAAUUGGCAUCCUUAUCUGGAAUUCAGCUACGGACAGGAUGCUUUUGCAAUCCUGGUGCUUGUGCAAAAUAUCUUGGCUUGUCCCACUCAGAUCUUCUUUCUAACCUAGAGGCUGGGCACGUUUGCUGGGAUGACAAUGAUGUAAUAAAUGGAAAACCAACUGGAGCUGUUAGAGUAUCUUUUGGUUACAUGUCAACUUAUGAAGAUGCCAAGAAAUUUAUUGAUUUUAUAAGAAGUUCCUUUGUAUCAAUACCAAGUGAGUUCAAGAAAGGAUAUCUGCUCAGAGCAAAGUCAAAUCCAUAUCCAACUGAAGGCAUUGAAAAUCGACUAUCAAGUUCUGGUUGCUACCUUAAGUCCAUCACCAUCUAUCCAAUAAAAUCAUGCGCAGGUUUCAGUGUGCAAAGUUGGCCUCUGAGCAGUGCUGGUCUGAAAUAUGAUCGAGAAUGGCUUCUUAAAAGCUGGACUGGAGAAAUUCUUACACAAAAGAAGGUUCCGGAAAUGUCCCUCAUUAGCACCUUCAUUGACCUCAAUCAGCAGAUAUUGUCUGUAGAGUCACCCUGUUGUGAAGGGAAGCUGCAGAUCAAAGUAGACUCUGAUUCCUAUCUUUGUGGGAAAGAAGAAUUUUAUUUGCAUAGCCAAAGAUUGCAGCAUAAUGGUUAUUUCUCGAUCAUCAGAUAUGAAGUCCGAUGUUAUGAAAAUGAAAUCGAUCAAUGGUUCAGUAAUGCUGUUGGUCAACCUUGCUCUUUAGUGCGAUGUUGCCAUUCCCAGUAUUGCUCUACUUUGAGCAACAACGGAAGUAUGGGAAUGUGCAGAGAUGUGGACAGCAGGGUGAAUUUUGCAAAUGAAGCUCCGUUCUUAUUGAUUUCUGAGGAGAGUGUAUCUGACCUCAACAACAGACUAUGCUCAAAUACUCAAAAACACUCUGUUGGUGCCCCAGCUUAUGUCAACCCAAUGAGAUUUCGGCCCAAUCUUGUCAUAUCUGGAGGUGAACCAUACGCUGAAGAUGGAUGGAGAAAUCUUAAAAUUGGGAACACAUAUUUUACAUCUUUAGGUGGUUGCAACCGCUGCCAGAUGAUCAAUUUUUAUCAUCAAACAGGGCAAGUGAAGAAGACGAGUGAACCUUUGGCAACUCUAGCAUCGUACAGAAGAGUGAAAGGGAAGAUUUUAUUUGGGAUUUUGCUGAGGUAUGAUCCUGGUAAUAGGGCUGGCUUGGAUACAAAUUCGUGGCUUACAGUGGGAGAGGAAGUUCACUCAAAUUCAGAAUGAAAGGGAUGGACAUAGAAAAACCUAUUUGUUGUAGAAGCAUACAUGUGUAGGAAAUAUUACAUACCCCUGAACAGUGGGAUACACAAAGUUCACAACAUUAAACAAGGGUCUCAGCUUUGAAAAUGAUAGUGUCAUUCCCGAAUGCUCUAACUGCCAAGCCAGCUAUUGUUUUAUAUAACGAACAAUUUGCGGAUAUGCUGAUUUGCCGUUGAAACAGGAUAUAUUGCAUAGCCUUUUCCUGUAAGUUUAUCAUCGUUUUAGAGUAAUUUGUUGCUUUCUUAUUUUGGUUGAGUAAUAUCCAUGACAAAAUAUAUAGAUAUGUUGCAAUCCUAACCAAACAAGAAUAGGAAGACAAGAUUUUCGGUUUACCUUUAUUCAAAUUGAAAUUAUAAAAUUUGGUGAAAUUCCAACAAAACAUUGGACUGAUGCUUGAUUUAUUAGACCUCGGUAUCAUUUAAUCAAGAUCCAUGACAGUUUCAAGGAAGGUGUUCUUCACGUUAAAU